ACAUUACUGUAAUACUUAUACAAUCAAAAGGCCAUUAAUUUAUAUUUCAACCUAUAUAGUCCUUUUAUUUCACCCCCCACCAUUUUUUCCUAUAUAAAACCCACUCCCAAUUCCAUAUUAGCAAUCUAACAAUCAAAACCCACAAAUCCUAUUUUCUAAACAUUAAAAAAAGCAGCAAAAUUAUUUUUACUGGAUGAUGUAAUUAGUAGAAAAAACGGAGUAAACCUUUAGAAACAAUCAAUCACUACAACAAUGGCGAUUUUGAGAAACAGGGUACUUACCCAGAUACUAAAACGAAGCAAAAACAACAUAUUUACCCAUAAAUCAUACUCAGUAUCAUCUGCUGCAGCUUCAGAACCAGAAAUGGUGGAUGGGUUUUGGUCAAAAGAGUAUGAAGAUUACAGAAAAUCAUUAUAUGGUGGUAAUAUCACUCAUAAAGCUCUUUUUGUUGAUGCUGUUGGUACUCUUCUUGUUCCUGCUCAAUCUACCCCUAAGAUUUACAAGGAGAUAGGGCAGAAGUAUGGAGUGAAGUAUUCAGAAAAUGAGAUUUUACACAGAUAUAGAUGGGCUUAUGAGCAACCUUGGAGAAGAUCUAGUCUCAGAUAUGUUGAUGAUGGUAGACCAUUCUGGCAAUACAUAGUAUCUUAUUCCACUGGUUGUUCAAAUGAUCAGUAUUUUGAAGAGCUAUACUACUACUAUAUGACCGAGAAGGCUUGGAAGCUUUGCGAUCCAAAUGCAGGAAAAGUUUUUCGGGCUCUGAGAAACGAGGGUGUAGGAGUUGCUGUUGUGUCGAACUUUGAUACGCGAUUAAGACCUUUAUUGAAGGCUCUGAAAUGUGAAGAUUGGUUUGAUGCAGUGGCUGUUUCAGCUGAAGUUGCUGCAGAGAAGCCAAACCCGACUAUAUUUCUGAAGGCGUGUGAUCUUCUAGGGGUAAACCCGGAGGAUGCUGUCCAUGUUGGUGAUGAUCGUAGAAACGAUAUAUGGGGCGCGAGAGAUGCAGGUUGCGAUGCUUGGCUUUGGGGUAGCGAUGUCCAUUCUUUUAAGGAGGUUGCACAAAGAAUAGGCGUUGACACCUAAGUGUGUGGAUCAUAUAUUUGUACUCGGUUCUUCAUGCUACGAUCAUCUGGAAUAAAAACAUACGCUCUUUCUCUCUUCCGGGUUUAGGGGUUUUACAUACCCGACUUCAGAUGAGACCCUAUCUAUGGAACGAGUGUGUGCAGCGCGUUUUUACUAUGAUGGCCGCUACAUUGGUCGAUGAGAACGACAAGCAUCACUCGCUUUAGCUAGAAAAGGGUCAGUUGUAAACUUGUAAGAAUGUGUUAUAGUAUGAUAGUAUUGUAUCAUCCUCCUACUGUAUGUUAUGCUAGAUGAAGGUUGCAAGAGAUGUAUUACAUGGUGCAAAUCAACUUACUGUAAUUUACUAAAGUAAUAAAAUUAGUAUUGUAUAUAGUAAAGAAGCUUGGAACAUAUAUUUUACGGAUAUUUCAUGAUAUACCACUGAAUUUCUUCGAAA